UCUCUCUCUCUCCUCUCUCUCUCUCUCUCGCUCUCUCUCUCUCCCUCUCUCUUAUAAUUCUUCGUCAACAGGAUUAAUUCAAUCUUAAUCCUCAUUUCUGAGUUAUGUUCUCUGGUUUUCCUCCACUAUGAGAAAUAUAGCAACUUGCUACAGCCAACAUGCCAUCAAAAUAUCUGAUUCAUACUGUUCUGGACCUUCCAAUCAGGCUUAUCUUUCCCCAAAUUUGACCCCUUCAAUCCAAAAUGCAGUCACAUGUAUCUACAGAGCCAAACAUUCCACUCACAAACAGUUUCUCAUCAGAAUCAUCUGGUCCAACCUUACACAUCAAGGCUUCUCCAUAAGUAUCAGUGAUGACCCAUCUUCCCCUUCAAAAUUCAGUAAAAAUUCUCACCAAUUACGGAAGAUUAAAGGCACAAAAGCAUUUGAAUUUCGCAAUUCAAAGAUUGAAGUCUUCUGGGAUCUCUCAAAAGCUACCUACGAUGCUGGACCUGAGCCAAUCAAUGGGUUUUACAUCAUGGUUUUGGUCAACUCAGGGUUAAGUCUCCUUCUUGGAGACAUGGAAGAAGAACCUGUCAUGAAGAAACUAAUAUCCAAUCCACCCUUAGCCAAAUUUUCUUUAGUUUCUCGCAGUGAACAGUUUUUGGGUAAUUCUCUGUAUUCAACCAAGGCUCAGUUCUGUGAAAAUGGAAUAUGUCAUGACAUUUUGAUCAAGUGCAUCGGUGACGAAAGGGGGUCGAAGAACUCGGGAUUAUCGGUAUGUAUUGACGAGAAGAAUGUGAUUCAAGUAAAGAGAUUAAGGUGGAAUUUUCGGGGGAAUCAGACCAUCUUUGUAGAUGGGUUGGUGGUGGAUAUGAUGUGGGAUGUUCAUGACUGGUUCUUCAAUCCAGCUUCUGGUUGUGCUGUUUUCAUGUUUAGGACAAGGAGUGGGUUGGAUAGCAGGUUGUGGUUGGAAGAGAAGAUUUUGGAGCAGAAAGAAGAAGACAAGGUUGGAUUUUCUCUGUUAAUCUGUGCCUGUAAGAAUCCUGAUUAAUUCAUUAUUUUGUAUUUAUUUUUCUUCUUUUUUUCGGUUUUGUUUUUAUUUUCUCA